GGACCAAACACAGGUGGACUUUUUUGACAAAGCAUCAGCCCAUUUGCGGUCUUCCGGUGUGGGCGGAGCCUAAAUUCUGUGCACGUAGACAAAAAUCGACGUAGUUUCUCUUCAUCCUCACGCUAGUUAGAUUGUUUCGGUCAUUUUUGUCACACUUUGUCACCAGCAUUUGCAACAAUGGUCGCCAAACAGAGGAUUCGCAUGGCCAACGAGAAGCACAGCAAAAACAUCACCCAGAGAGGCAACGUCAAAUUAUCGAGAAACACCGUUGACGACAAAGUUUCGGUGGGACCAUGGCUCCUGGCACUCUUCAUCUUUGUUGUCUGUGGCUCAGCAAUAUUCCAGAUCAUUCAGAGCAUUCGAAUGGGCAUGUAACGAGGACUGUUAUCACUGCGAUGAUGUCUCAACUUUCCACUCCGGGCCAGUUCUGCGUACUGCACCCAAAUUUGCCAAGGAGCCUCUCUAAAUGGCUCUUUCUCAAUUUUACUGAUUUAUCUUCUGUGAGGUGCAACAUUCUUGUCAUUCCUCUCUGGUGCCUUUUUAAUGAAGAAAAAUGAUCAAAAAGCCAUAAAACUGCAUUCCGAUCAAUUAUGUUAUUUUGUCUAUAUUGAUGUAAUGAAAGAAUCUUGACAUGUUGCAAGGAGUGAUUUUUGUCUGACUUCUCAUUCAUUCCUAAAAUAAUUGUGCUAAAAUUAUUUGUUGUUUUUGGUUGCCCCCAGCCCCCAUUUUGAAAGUGAAAAAACAAUCAUUCAAUCCAAUUCACAGAUGUAAAACUUCUUACCAGUGUAAUUUGUAAGCUGAUAAAAAGUGGCUCACAGUCACACUUUGUAUUUCUUUCCUUUUACUUUUUUGCUUUUUAAUUUAAAGGAAUAGUUCACCCAAAAAUAAUAAUUCUGUACAUUGCUCUCUGCAGGAAAGUGUAAUCAAGCUUUAAAUAGUUAUUGUUUUGGUACGUUUCAUACCUAAAAUGAAUCGUAUCGCUUUAGAAGACAUGGAUUAAACCACUCGAGUCAUAAAGAUUUUCUUAAAGAAGCCUUUAUGUCUUUUUUGGAGCAUGAAAGUUUUGGACCCCAUUCACUUGCUUUGUAAGGACCAAAACACCUCAUAUCUUCAUCAAAAUAUCUUCGUUUGUGUUUUGCAGAAGAAAGUCAUACACAUCUGGGAUGGCAUGAGGGUGAGUAAAUAAUAAGAGAAUUCUCAUUUUGGGUGAACUAUUUCUUUUAAUAGCUGCCCCUGUGUGCAUUCCAGUAUAUUGAACUUAAACUGAAUAAUUAUAGUUCACUGGCACAUAUAGUCUUGACAUUGUGAUACUGUUUACUAUAAUACGAGGAGGCUUGGCCAUUUAGCUAUUUUCUCAGAACAUACUAUGCUAUAUACACCAAUCAGCCUCAACAUUAAAACCUGCCUAAUAUUGAGUAGGUCCCCCUCGUGCUGCCAAAACCGCGCCAACCCGCAUCUCAGAAUAGUGUUCUGAGAUGCUAUUCUUCUCACCACAAUUGUACAGAGCGGUUAUCUGAGUUACCGUAGACUUUGUUUCUCAGUUCGAACCAGUCUGACCAUUCUCUGUUGACCUCUCUCAUCAACAAGGCAUUUCCGUCCACAGAACUGCCACUCAUUGGAUGUUUUUUGAUACCAUUCUGAGUAAACUCUAGAGACUGUUGUGUGUGAAAAUCCCAGGAGAUCAGCAGUUACAGAAAUACUCAAACCAGCCUGUCUGGCACCAGCAAUCAUCCAUGCGAUUAUCUAAUCCACCAAUCGUGUGGCAGCAAUGCAGUGCAUAAAAUCAUGCAAAUAUGGGUCAGGAGUUUGUUAAUGUUCACAUCAACCAUCAGAAUGGGGAAAAAUGUGAUCUCAGUGAUUUGGACCAUUGCAUGAUUGUUGGUGCCAGAUGGGCUGGUUUGAGUAUUUCUGUAACUGCUGAUCUCCUGGGAUUUUCACACACAACAGUCUCUAGAAUUUACUCAGAAUGGUGCCAAAAACUAAAAACAUCCAGUGAGCGGCAGUUCUGUGGACGGAAAUGCCUUGUUGAUAAGAGAGGUCAACAGAGAAUGGCCAGACUGGCUUGAACUGACAAAGUCUACAUUAACUCAGAUAACCGCUCUGUACAAUUGUGGUGAGAAGAAUAUAAUCUCUGAGAUGCGUGUUGGCGCUGUUUUGGCGGCACGAGGGGGAACCUACACAAUAUUAGGCAGGUGGUUUCAAUGUUCUGGCUGAUCGGUAUGUCAUGAUAGUGGAGUAACAAAAAAAAGGAACAGAAAGCGAGACUUAAAUAAAACUUUUAAAAAGAAAAAAA